AUGCAUAAAUGUGUGCGGAAUUUGGAUGCAGUGAUCUCAAGAAAGUCUGAAGUAAUUGGUUUUGAUGGGAAAAGCUGCCUAAUUUACACAUUUAAACAAGAGCCUAUGUCUGCAUUGAAAGAUGUGAUUUCUCUGAAGUUUAAAGCAAUACGAAGUGAUGGAAUUCUCCUCCACAAAGAAGGAAAGAAUGGAGAUCACUUAAUCCUGGAAUUACUUAAAGGAACGCUAUCUCUACUCAUUAACUUAGGUGAUUAUAAAACUCAUUCUUCUAGUACCCAAAUUAAUAUUUCCCUGGGCAGCCUUCUGGAUGAUCAACACUGGCAUUCUGUUCUCAUUGAGCGCUUUAACAAUCAAGUAAACUUUACAGUGGAUAAACACACUCAUCAUUUUCAUGCUAAAGAAGUAUUCAGUUAUUUGGACCUUGACUAUGAGGCCAUUUCUGGAAACACAAAUGCAGACAGUGUUGUAUAUUAUAAGCUUCAGCAUUCCAUUAAUGCAAGAUUUCUCCGCUUUGUGCCUUUGGACUGGAAUCCCAGUGGUAGAAUUGGUAUGCGCAUUGAAGUGUACGGAUGCACAUACAGUGCUGGUGGUUGGUCUCCACUUGUGUCUAAUAAAUAUCAAUGGCUUCAGAUUGACCUUGGUGAAAGAACUGAGAUAACUGCUGUUGCUACUCAAGGUGGUUAUGGAAGCUCUGACUGGGUAACAAACUACCUUCUAAUGUUCAGUGAUAGUGGACGAAACUGGAAACAAUAUCAUCAAGAGGAAAGCAUUUGGGUUUGGCAUGGAGCAGAAGAAAGUUAUAGUAUGGCUGAAAAACAGUUAUUAGCUGCCUACUCCUCAUUACAGGUGGUAGAGUCAAUAACUUAUGCAGCUGAACUCAUAGUGAAGACCACCCUAUCGAUUCAGGGGUGGGUGAAAGAUCUGGCCUAUCUUCCUAAGAUGGGGGUGGCCCAAGCACAGACAGUGACACGAUGGGUCGUCUAUCUCAGCCAGAGGAGUAGUCUGCCUUCAUCACCAUUGAAAGAACUCCAGAAGAUCCUAGGCCCAAUGACAUAUCACAGUGAUGCGCCAGAAGAGACAAUGGUUGCUUCACUGGAUAAGAGUCCUAUUCAAGGAGAGAAAUAUCCCAUUCUUGAAGAUGCCUGGUAUGUAGAUGGGUUCAGCAAGGGCAACCUCAGCAAGAGGAGAGCUGUAGCAUGCCAUCCCUCCACUGAAACUGGCUGGUUUGAAGAGGGGGAUUGUCAUAGCCAGUGGGCCAAACUGCAAGCCGUGUGGAUGGUUAUAACUAAGGAACCCAGUGACGGGACCAUGGUUCCUGAUGGGAUGCACUUGUGGCGGUGGUGGAAGCUGGCAGAAGUCAUUGCUAGGCCACUCUCCAUUAUCUUUGGUAAAUCGUGGGGAAUGGAAGAGGUGUCUGAGGUCUGGAGAAAACCAGAUGUCACUGCAGUCUUCAAAAAGGGCAAGAAGGAGUACCUGGGUAAUGAUAGACUGGUCAGCCUUACCUCCAUCUUUGGAAAGGUGAUAGAACAACUUAUCCUUGGCUCUAUCUCUAGGAAUAUUAAGGAUAAGAAGGUCAUUAGGGACAGUCAACAUGCCUUCACCAAGUGGAAGUCCUGCUUGACCAACCUGAUAGCUUUUUAUGAAGACAUAACUAUGUGGAUAGAUUAUGGUAAAGCAGUUGAUGUGAUCUGUCUUGAUUUUAAUAAAGCAUUUGACACCACUGAGGAUGCCUCCCACAGCAUCCUCAAAGCUAACCUGAAGAAAUGUGGUCUGGAUAAUCAGGUAGUGAGGUGGACAGUGAACUGGCUGAAGGAAAGAAGCCAGAGAGUUGAGGUCAGUGGGACAGUGUUUAGUUGGAGGCGUGUGUACAGUCGAGUCCUCCAAGAGCGGGUACAGGGACCAGCACUAUUCAAUAUAUUCAUCAGUGACUUGGAUAAAGGAAUAGAGUGCACUGUCAGCAAGUACGCUGGCAACAUAAAACUGGCAGAAGUGGCUGACAUGCCAGAAGGCUGUAUUGGAUUAAAUAAUGGCCAGUGGCAUUCUGUAUCCUUCUCUGCCAAAAGAAAUCGUAUCAAUUUAAUAGUGGACAAUGAUAUACUCUCAUCAGCUCAUGCCUCUAUACCUCUACAAAUUUAUUCAGGAGAUACGUUAUACUUUGGAGGCUGCCCUAACAAUGGAAACAAUUUUGAAUGUAAAAGAUCCUUUGGUGGUUUUCAAGGAUGUAUGCAACUCAUUUCUAUUGGUAACGAAGCAGUGGAUAUGAUCUCAGUUCAGCAAAAUAUUUUUGGCAAUUUCAGUGACCUUCAGAUAGAUUCAUGUGGCAUUAUGGACAGGUGCUUGCCUAACUAUUGUGAACAUGGUGGUGAGUGUUCACAGUCAUGGAACAACUUCUACUGUAACUGUAACAAUACUGGUUACAAGGGAGCAACUUGCCAUUAUCGAACAUUUUGGAAUUCAGCAUCCUUCAAUACAGAAAUGUCUUAUCUGCAUUUCCCUACUUUCCAUGGAGAAUUCAGCGCAGAUGUAUCGUUUUUCUUCAAAACUACUGCUUCCUCUGGGAUGUUUUUAGAAAACCUGGGAAUUCAAGACUUCAUAAGGAUAGAGUUAUACUCUCCAUAUGAAGUGAUUUUUUCAUUCGAUGUUGGAAAUGGACCUAAUGAAGUUAAAGUUCAGUCACUCACUGUCUUGAAUGACAACCAGUGGCAUUAUGUGAAAGCUGAAAGAAACAUCAAAGAGGCAUCCUUACAAGUAGAUCAGAUUCCUCAAAAGUCUCAUGCUGCUCCACUUGAUGGGCAUUUUCGUCUGCAACUCAACAGCCAGCUUUUUGUAGGUGGAACAGCAUCCCAUCAGAAAGGAUUUUUGGGAUGUAUUCGUUCAUUACAGCUAAAUGGAAUAGCCCUUGAUCUGGAAGAGAGAGCUAAGAUAACACCAGGAGUUGAACCAGGGUGUCCUGGACAUUGUAGCAGCUAUGGUAACUUGUGUCACAAUGGUGGAAAAUGCAGAGAGAAAUACAGUGGAUUCACUUGUGACUGCACUUUCUCUGCCUAUGCUGGGCCAUUUUGUAAGAAAGAGAUCUCUGCUUAUUUUGGGACUGGCACUUCUGUGAUGUACAGUUUUCAAGAAUACUAUACCUUUGCUAAAAAUUCCAGUUCUCAUGCUUCUUCUUUCUAUGCUGAUAUGACACUGAACAGGGAAACAAUUACAUUUGCCUUCCGAACAACACGGACACCAAGCUUAUUGCUUUAUAUCAGCUCCUUCUACAAGGAAUAUCUCUCUGUCAUUUUAUCCAGAAAUGGUGAGUUUUCAGCUAGACUGUCUAGAAGCACUAAUGAACAUCAUAAAAACAGUGAUGUAGAUGAGGAGACUAUGAAAGCAAACUCCCAGGGUUUUAUUGGAUGUCUCUCUUCAGUGCAGUUCAACCAUAUUUCUCCUUUGAAGGCUGCACUACAACAUGGAAGCGCAGCACCCAUCAUUGUUAAGGGGCGUGUCAUUGAAUCCAACUGUGGCACUUUAACUGGACUUGACACAAAAUUAAGUGAAACAACCCAUUCAUUUGCAGAUCACUCAGGACCAACAGAUGAGAGAGAGCCCUUAACUCAUGCAAUCAGAAGUGACUCUGCAAUUGUUGGAGGUAAUAGAGAAUACCAGAUAUACUGAGAUUUUUUUCCAUAUUUUUUUCAGAAUUGUGAGUCUUUCAAUGCUGCACUGAAGUCAGAGGUAGAGUUAUGUGCAUAAGGAAACUAGAAAAAAAGUUUUUGUUUUAUUGAAAGUACCAGAAAAAGACAAAAAUUAGGCAGUGUUUAAAAAAGCAAUCAUCAACUCACAUUUUCUAAUUAUAUAAAGUUGUGCCACAGGUUUUAUUAUAUGUUAGAAUAAUCUGCUCUAACACUUGAAACAUAAAGUGCUAACAACAGAUUUUCCAUCUGCCUAAUGCCAGUUUCUGUUGCUAAAAACCUCUAUUUGGAUGUAUCGUAACAAAUUCAUUAUGUUUAGGAAAAAGCAAUCUCUGUUUCCUUCUUUAUAUGAUAAAGCAUUACAUUUUUGGCUACAUGGCCGAGUUAAAGAUGAAGAAAAUGUUCAUUUAUAGAUCUGAACAUAACAGAAUUUUCCUAACAAAAUGGAAUCUGCAUUGCUUACGUGUAUCCUUUGAAUUGUUUCAUUUUGAUUCUGCAUGUGGAAAGAACUAUUAGAGCAUAACUUGUAUUGAUUAAUAGCUUAAAAACGAAAUGCACAUGAUAAUUAUUAUUUCU